AUGGACGUCCAGGGGAAACCCAAGCCUAUCCCGGCUUAUUACUGCUGCUAUCUGCUCCGUUCGACCGUUCGGCACGCCUCGCUUUAUAUCGGCUCGACGCCAAACCCGAUCAGACGACUGCCGCAGCACAAUGGAGACGCCAAAGGUGGGGCUAAGCGGACUUCGCGCGACAAACUACGGCCCUGGGAAAUGACGCUGGUGGUUGAAGGGUUCAUGAGUCGUGUUGGAGCGCUACAAUUCGAAUGGGCAUGGCAACACCCUGAAAAAUCACGUCAUCUGCUAGAAGACGGCGGAGAGCUGGAUAUACAGUCCCAAGUCCCUACUAAUUCGAAGACGGGCAAGGCCAAGCCGCGGGCCUAUCGAUCUAGAAGAUCAUUGACAGCUCAUUUGGAAGACUUGCAUUCACUCCUUCGGUCCGUCUAUUUCGCUGCCUGGCCUUUACGCAUUCGCUUCUUUUGCGCGGACGUCUAUCGCGUCUGGAGGAUAUGGAAUGAGCGAGUCGACGUCCCUUUACCCGACGAGAAGAUCAUUCUGGAUGGGGACUGCCCAGGCCAAGGCGGCAAUGAUCUCGCUGUCGGUAGCAUCAAUGGAUUAUCAGUGGAAUAUACAAAGCUGGAAGGUCACCUAGAGAAGUCCAUGUUUCUUCUCGACGAUGCACAGGACCUUCGAUGCAAAUUGUGCAGCAGUUCGAUCGCCCCCAAUACGGAACAAAUUGUGAUCUGUCCGCACACAGAUUGUCGAGGCGCGCAUCAUCUUCUAUGCCUGUCCGAUGAGUUCCUCAAAACCGCGAAUGAUUCUGAUAUUCUCAUACCCACGAGCGGAGUCUGCCCGGUUUGCGACACCAUCGUGUCCUGGCCAUUAAUGAUGCAGGAGCUCAGUCUCCGCAACCGAGCCGAAAAGGAAGUCCGCACAAUUUUGCGGAGGAAAGAGAGGCGUGACCGCAAGGAAAACGCAAAGACUUUGUCCAGUAAGGAAUCUGUACGUCAGACGUCCGUUGAGCCUAGUCAGAGAGCUCUGCAGGAUCAGGGAUGCCUAAUGGACACGGAUGAUCCCCUCUUGCACGACGAUUGGUAUGAGCAAGUCGAUAUGGAAUCAGACACGGAGCAUGGCACACAGAAACACCAAUCUCCCCAGCCACCAUCGAGACUCGAGAUCGUCAUUGAAGACAGUGAUUGGGACGACGCUGAGGUCAUCGAAUGA